CUGGUUUUACUUGAAACCAUAAUGCUACAAACCCUAGGUUUUGAGAUCACCAUUGAGCACCCACACACAGAUGUGGUGAAAUGUACCCAGUUAGUAAGAGGUAAGUGAUCUGUAAAACUUUUAAGUACAGUAUUAAUGUUUUUUAUUGUCUAUCAUUGAUUUGAAUGCUAUUUUGCUCUUCUAGCCUUUUUGAAUUUUAUUAAAAUGGGGGAAAUGUCAUUUUGAAGCAUUACUUUUUAGUGUUGUACAUCUACCUAUUUAUUUACUUAUAUUUGUGGUUCCAGCAGUCAAUUAGCUUCUUUAAACUUAGGCGAGUCUCAUUCACUGAAAAAUUGGAGGGCUUCCAAGUAUUCUCUCUCUACCUCUCCAUUGUGCUAUGCCCGUCCUGUUUCAGUUACUAUUUAAGAUGUAGGCCGUUAACACACAAGUACAGAAAAUAAUUUUAAUUUUUUAUUUAUGUCAAAUUUUCAUUGACUUCUUGAAAAGAUUACAGUAUAAGAAUUUGGAGCUGAGCCUCAAAUUUUUCAUGUAAAAAUUGCCUUUCUUAGCAGAUUUGUCACUUUUGGAGAUGUUUUGCCUGUGUUCAUUUGAACAAAAUUGAUUUGAUAUAUUUUUCACAGUUUUUUAGCAUUACUAAAAAUUGCUUCCUUUUUAUGUAUAAUGGAGAAAUAAUUACAUAACAUGGUAGCAUACAGUGUGUGAUGUGCCUGUUAAACCUUUUAUAAACAGGAGUAGAAAGUUUUUGUAUUUUUUGCUCUACUGCUUUAAAGCAUGUGGUAUUUUCCCGUUCUUGUUAAUGAAUCCUAUGUAUCUGUUGUAUCCCUAGAAAUAUUUUUUACACAGUUGCGUGUUGUUAUACUACAUCUUACUUUUCUACUUUCCUGUUUCCCAUUGAAAUGUUAUGUACUAAUAGCAACCACUUAGAACCUUUCAUGUGCUUUUUUCUGUUGUUUCCUUUUUGAAAAUGAAAUUUUGCAGUUUCAUUCUUUUACCACCAGACAUUUUUUGGUUUACUUUAACAAAAUGAGUAAGACUUUUGAAGGCCUUGUUUUAUUUUUUAGUGUUUAUCUAAAUAUUCUCACAUUUUAUUCAUUCUAAAUUGUAUUCAUUUUAUACCUAGGUAGGAUUUUUAUUAUGUUAUGGCUACAUUAAAAAAACAAACAACCUGUUGAAUACCACAUUGUUAUUUGUUAAGAACUGGACUUCUGGAAAUGCCAUUUGUAUUUUUUAGAUCCUAAUAGCACAUGUUAUCUAUCAUUUGUAAACUAGAGCAUAUGUAUAGUUCCUGUUCUUGGUGGUAUGUGAAUAUAUCUCAUAGCACAUUCUCAUCCCCAGGAUUACAGUGUAGCAUAGAAUUGUAUAGGUAACUAGUGUAAAUGUUGAAUUAAGAAAAAAGAAGUUAAUGUAGUAGUUCUGUUUUCCUGAAAACUUGAAAGGGUAAACUGUUCUGUUAGAAUAAUGGAGAGCCAUAUAAUUUGUUUUAAAUUGAGCCUAAUGAAGGAAGAUAUUGAUAUAGGUUUAAAUGUGUACUUUAUUUUAAUAACAAUGAAACUGGAUUCAUCUUAGUACUAUUGAGAAAUUUUAGCUUCUUUUAAAUCUUGUCACAAUUUAAUAUUUUUGUACAUGUUCUAUAUCUAAAGAUGCUAGAGGCAUAAAAACCAUUCGUUUGCAAAAUUGAAUAGUAAAUUUUAAAACAUUGACAAAAACUACAAAUUUUAAUCUCAUCCAAAGCAAAGUAUUUAAAUAUGAUUUUUAUUGUUAAUGUUUAAAGUGUGACUGAUUUUUAAAUUUUAGAACAGAUCAUAUAUGUUUAACCUCAUUUUGUCUAACAUUUCAAGUAACUAUAGUAUUAACUCCAUUUAAAAAAUAUUCUUUCGUGUUUGGUGUCUUUCUCUGCUCUGUUACAACUUUAAACUAGCAAAAUAACAUUUUCCCUACAUUCUUCCUCUGUUGCACAAUGAAUGUUAAUGUGUUAAUGAAUUUAGAUAUAUUCUGAGAUGAAAACUGCUAUGGCAAUUUAAAAUUUUUACUUUCUUCUCUACAUGUUUUGAGUCUUUUGUGGGAGGAGGGUAAAUGGUUUGGUUUCUUUAAAGUCCUCCCCCACCCCCAAGAGAAAAUUGGUUUUAUGCUACUUUGCUGCAGAAUUGGCUAAUGUCAUUUUACAGGGACCUUUCACUUCUGUGAUUUCUCCUUCCCUCCCCACCAGGAAAGAAUGCCAUACUUAAGUCAUACUGCCUCCAAGACAUCUGAUGCUUUGACACUCUUCCUUAGCACAACUCUGCUAAGCCCAAAUCCCUUUUUGUAAACCUUUAUGUUAUGAUUCACAUGGGGCAGCAGGGCUUACAGGUGCUACGAGUAAAACUAGGAGGGGGCAAGGAAUUUGAGGCCUCUUAGAGAGGGGUGAGUUGAGGGGAACUGAUCCUAGAGCAGAGGGGAAAAGUAUGUCAGUGAUUAUAAAUGUAAUUGUAAGGGGUGGGGUAAAACUAGCAAAGGCAUCCCU